AUUGAAAGUGUUAAGAAGCGCCGCGAGGGUCAAAUCUAAUCAGUUCGCCUCUCAAAAUGGCGGAUGAACCAACACGGGAGUGGAGCGAUGAGCAGCUCAAAAGUGACGAUUUGCCCAAAAAAGACCUUAUAAAGUUCAUUCAGGACAAUGCAGCACACUCGUUCCUCAAUGAGCACAAGCUGCUGGGAAACAUCAAGAAUGUGGCGAAAACAGCAAAGAAAGAACAGCUGAUUAUUGCCUACAACCAGCUCUUUGAGAGCAAAAGGUUUAAAGGCACAGAACCAAUUGAGGAAGUGACCGAGCAGGUUAAAGCUGUGAAAAUUGAAGAAAAGCCCAAAGAGCCGACAGAGGUGGUGGACGAGGGUCCGCCCAAGUACACCAAGUCGGUGCUGAAGAAAGGCGACAAGACCAACUUUCCAAAGAAAGGCGAGAACGUGAGCUGCUGGUACACGGGCAGCUUGGAGGAUGGAACCGUCUUCGACACCAACAUACCCACAACGGCAAGAAAGAAGAAGCAAAGUAAACCACUGAGCUUCAAAGUUGGCCUGGGCAGGGUCAUCAGAGGGUGGGAUGAAGCCAUUUUGACAAUGAGCAAGGGUGAAACGGCUCGAGUGGAGAUUGAACCAGAGUGGGCCUACGGCAGGAAGGGUCUCCCCGACUCAAAAAUUCCUCCCAAUGCAAAGCUGAUCUUCGAGGUUGAGCUGGUGGCUGUGGAUUAAUAGGCAACUGCUGGCCAGCAUGCACUGCAUCUUAAGGGUGGAGGGGGAAAAAAAAUAUUCAACGGCCUUGCUGUAAAGAUUGAAGUUAAAAUCACUUUUUGAUUACACCGUUCUGUUCCUACUGUCUCCUUCAUCACUACAUUUACAAGAAACUAUGACCAGUUAUUUCAGCGUUUUAAGUUUUGGCCAAAAUGUGAUGGCUUGUCAAUAAUGUACAUAUGAGACACCCUGAAACCUUACUCUCUGCAUUUUCUUUUGUUCUUUUGCAUGUACAAUGUAAAUGAUAAAUAAACCUGUUUCAGAGA